AACCUAACCACGAUUUUCCCGCUACGCCUAGCAAAUUGAGUGUUUGGGGUUUGAUAUCGUAAAUGGCGAAACACCUUGUAAAUUAGAUCAAUAUUCUUGAAUGGAAUGCCGAGAUCUUCUUUUAGUAGAAAUGCUUAAUUUGAAGCUGCCGGUAGCUAGCUUGCUGUUAGCCAGGUUAGAGGUGGUCGACCAAGCCCAAUGAAGUUCAGGCCUAGCAAUGCCAAGUUACUUGGCUCUGGAGGUGCAACGAGUUCAUCAGAGCAACAGGCUGGUGUUUUAGGCUUAGUUUCCCCUUCGACGCCUAACACUUUCACCUUUUCUACAACCUCCACACAACACACUCAUGUAGACCACCAAUAUGUCAGGCUCAAGUCCUGGAUGAUGGAGGCCAGUGAGCCUUGCCGGUCGGAAUUGUCUCAAGUUCUGUUUCCACUUUUCGUUCAUUUGUAUCUGGAACUCGUUACCGGCACUGGCCGUCAGGCAGCUAACAAAUUUUUCAAAAAACAUUACCAGGUUUUCUUGGUAAAUCGUGACUAUGAGCACACACUGUCGCAAGUCAUCGGCGCUUCGGGUGUGAAUGCGUCUGGAGAUCUGAACUCCUCUCAUGUCAUUCAGAAUCUUAAGAGUGGAAAGUAUUUGGUUCGUCUAAGUGAGCUGACCCUCAACUACUUCUUAAGAUACCUCAAAGCUAGUGAAAAUCCUACUUUACUUCAAAUUUUCAACACUUACAUUGAAGUUGAGGUUGAUGAAUCUGGUGCUGGGAGUACCGGUGCUGUUUUCAGGACUCCUGAUGCCAGUUCCUUGGGUUCUGGUCAUUUAGUCAAUGGACACACUCCUGAAUCCCUUUCGUCUGAGGCAGCAUCCACAGCUGAUGGAAUGGACUGUAGUGUAGAGGAACUGAGGAAAGUGAAAGAGGUGAUGUCUGCCAUCAGAACAGCCCUACCAACGCCACCUUCUUUGUGUGUGUACACUGUGUAUAAUGCGUACAAUGGUCUUAGUUGUGCAACUGUGAACAAGCAGGGUAGGCUGCUAUCAUGUGGAUUCGAAGACAGUGUGAUAAAGCUGUGGAAACUGACUCCCUCAGAUCAUAAUGUAAGUUUGGGCAGGUCAAAGACAGGGAUGGGGCCUAGAGGUGGGAUAUCUCACACACUUUUGGCUUGCGAUGACUCGCGGACUGAAGACGACGAAGAGGGAAUGGAAGAAGAGGAGAGGGAUGAGGAUGAAAUGGCAGCAGAUUUACGGAACGGAGGCAGAAGGAGAAAUCGUGGAGGUGAAUUAUUUGCGUUGAGAGGCCAUAGUGGACCUGUUUACGAUAUGGCUUUUACUCAUGAGUCGAGUCAUUUAUUAUCUGUCAGUGAAGAUUGUACUAUGCGUUUGUGGGACUUGGAGAGUGGUCAGGCAGUGGCAUUAUAUAGAGGACAUCAGUACCCAGUUUGGUGCUUGGCAGUUGCCCCACUCACAAUGUAUAUGGCAACUGGGUCCUAUGAUACCACUGUGAGAAUAUGGUAUACAGAUGCAACGUAUCCUCUGCGUACCCUCAGUGGCCAUACUCGCUCUGUGGAUAGUGUAGCCUUCCACCCUAAUGGCUCCUACUUGGCAUCUGGAUCGUGUGAUCGUAGCAUUAGGCUUUGGCAAGUGACAGAUGGGGAUGUUGCAAGGAUUUUGCCUCAUCACAAGACUGCUAUUAAUUCCUUAGCCUUUUCCCCAAAUGGAAAGUAUCUUGCAUCUGGUGGUGAAGAUGGAACAGUUGCUGUUUGGGACCUGGCUGCAGGUCGGGUUAUAACAGAACUCUUUAGUGGAACACAAGCAACUACAGGGAUCAAUGGGGUAUCGACGCCUCACAUGGACUCAGUUGUUGAUCUCAGCUGGUCAACAGACUCAUCUCUGUUAAUGUCUGCUUCAAGUGAUGGAUGUGUACGCACAAGUCAACUUAAGCAAGGAAUAGCUAGUGAUGGAGGAUCUUCAUGGGACUUGUGUGAGGUGGGCCAGUUUCAGUGCUGUGGCAAUUCAAAUGGCAGUAGUACAAGUUACGUAUUGGGUGGAUCUCUACUUCACACUUCUUUCACCUGUCACAACUACCUCACAGCUGUCGUAGCACAGGAUGUUGAGAGAUAGGAAUUGAAAAGCUCUUUUCAGUGUCAUUACAACAUAUUUUCAUCAGACAUCUCUUCAUCCAGCAUUUUAAGUCAUUGAGCUCUCUGGAAUCUGAGGUUUUUCAUUUGGAGUAACAGUGUGUUUUGGGAAAUUGAUUUUUUCAUGUUGAGUAUGCAAUGUAACAUUUUGCAUGAACCUGGUGCUUUUUCAUCCACCAAACUUAGGAUUCAGUUUAUUUGCUUUGCCAUAGGUCAUCUGCGCAUCCAUUUAAAGUCUGUAGGCGAUCAUAAUUUCAUGUAUGAACUUUGGCAUAAUGUUUCCUUUAGUGAGGUCCUUGCCAGUGAUUUAGUAGUAAACUAGUACAAAUGAUGAAAUCAUAAGUAGUUCAGUCAUGGAAAUAUUUCUGAACUUAUGCUUUGAAUUUGGUUUAAAGGUUGUAAAUAGUGAAAUUCAUUAUUUUUUCCUUUACAAUUAUCUUGGCCAUUGUUUUCUCAAUAUUUAUUUUGUUAUUUAUUUUAUUAUGAGCACAAAACUUCCACCCUAUUCUGAUACUCUCUCAGGAUCCUUAUAUGCAAUAAAAUUGAUCGUAAGGACUCAAGUUUCAAAAGGGGAAAGUGAGGAUAUGACAGGAAGCUGCUUUUUCAAGGAUAGAAAUGUUAAAAAAAAAAAUGUGGUACAUCUAUUGUGCAAUUGUAGCGAAUGUAGCAUGCAUACAGUAAUGGUAAGGUGAUUAGAAAUCUGUUUUUCACUAAAAAAUUUUUUUACAAAUCUAAUCACUGAUGUCUCAUAAUUUUCUAAAAUGAUCAUCUUUCCCCUCAUGUAUUAUUGUACAUCUACUUAAUUGUAAUAUAUUAGGCUAUUCUCCGUAAGUUUUCAAACAUUAAUGUCCUAGAAGUAUUUUUUAUUUUUAUUUUUCCUUUAAAUUGUAUCCAAAAGAAAUUGUAGUCAGGUGAACCUUCAGUACUUGAAAUGUCACGUAAGUGUAAAUGAUUAAUAAGUUCCAAGUAUGUUCUAUAUAGCACUUUUGAUCUUUAAAAAAUAAUGAAUGCACUAUAUAUCUGACAGUUAUUUUAACAUAAUUCACAGUUGAUAUAAAAGUAAUACAGUAUUCAUCCCAUCAUUGUGGGAAGGAAGUGCCAAUGAGAAUAUCAUGAUCUAAACAUUGUGCAAUAUCGUUACUUUAGCUGAAAAGUAUUCUUUGUGUUUUAGUCACUUUUCAUAUCGCAACACUUUACAUUGAACUAUUGACUGUUUCAUAAUAUCUCUGCUCCUCCUCCCUGUCCCACCUCAAGAAACUACCCUUUAGUGAUUUGGACAAUGGUCUGGUGAUUCAAAUCCAUUUCUUAAUAAGGAGCUAUAUUCCAGUAACAAUUAUUUUAGGUUUUAUUCAUUCAAGAUGCUCAGUAAGUUAAUGUAACCUUAGUUUUGGAUUUCCACAUGCCAAGGUCUUCCCUAUAUUUAACUUAUUUAAUAACAGUUGCAAGACUUAUGCAUGUUAACAAAUUAUGUUCAGGGUAAUUGAAUCUCAUUUUUGCCUUACCCUUUUAGAACCUUGAAUACUUGUUACACGUAAAAGUUGCAGUAACUUUCUCGGCUGCUCCUCGGAACAGAAUUGUAGACUGGUGAGGUCAGUGGAAUUGUAAGGGCACCAUUGUCAUCUCAACUAUUUUGCUGUGAGGUCAGCUUGUAAGGCUCUGAAACAGCAUAUUUGGUGGGAAAUUUACAAAUACAUUACUCUGUGCAUGAUAGUACAAAUCUGCCUUCAUAUAUCAAACUUUCAGGACAUCACUGCCAUGUAGAUAAACUCCAAAUCAUGAAGACGUAAUUCAAAGUUGAUUUCAAAUUUUUUAAGAAGGGUAGUGUCUUCUUAUACAUACAUAGGUAUUUUAAAAAAGAACAACAUAGUUUUUUUUUAAUAAGAAAGUGCAGAUUUUUUAAAAGUGAUUUAAUGUUUUAUUUGUAUCAUCUGGUUUUAUUGAUUUUUUUAUAUCAUGCACCAUGCCUUUUUUGAAAGCAUUAGUCACAUUCUUGCAUAAGUAACUACCGAAGAAACGCCAUAGAAAUAUUGUAGUUGCCUCAGCUAUUUCAAAUACAUUAAACGUUUGCUGCUUUAAUGGGAAAUUUGAGCUUAGUUUUAAAUGUUGAAGGUGCAAUAGAAUGAAACAUUAUAUACGGCAAAAUCACUGCAAUAUCAAAGUUUAUAAUUUAUUUGAGAUUCCCUAGUUUGUUACCCAGUUAUUUGAAUAACUGUAUCCUAACCUUCUGUCAACAUUCCAGCCCUUGAAUUGCCAGAUUGUUCCACUGUUCUCUCGUUCCAUGUUCCAAACUGGUUUCUGUCAGAUAAUUGUAAGGUCAAAUUUUUCAAAAUUUUUACAAUGUGAUUGUGAAAUUCUCAAUCUUAAGUUGUCAGUGUUGAUCACUUUAGGUCACAGCUAACAAGGUUUUUUUUUCAUUAAUUUUACAAAUUUCAAUCAUCUGUCAGUAACUUUUGAUUGAGUACCUUUUAAAGGAAAUAGAGUCGGAUUUUUCUUUGUGCAAAUGACGAUCCUAAAGAAAUGGUCAUUUCUUACAUAUUCUUAUGAUGGUUAGCCGAUUGAACUUCCCUCGUAGGCUUAUUGGAUUUUGUAAGUUGUGUCAAGUGCACUGUCAUACCAGUUCACCUGAAUAAAAUUCUUUGUAUACUUGUAAGCUGUAGGUUAUUGUCUAAGCCUGUGGUGUACAAAUUUUUAUGGUUCAAUACAUGAAUUUUCUUAA